GUAAACACAGGGCAAUGUACACACAUACGCAGCUAGCAGAGUAGAGACAGUGCGCAUGCUCUUGCAGAUUUAGUCGCGAGCUGUCACGUGUAGUGUGUUUGUGUGUGCGCGCGAGCUGUCGCUUUCCGUUUACGGUCGGUGACAGCAGACAUGGCGAUCUUUACUCCCACCAACCAGAUCCGCCUGACCAACGUGGCGGUUGUGCGGAUGAAAAAAGGGGGGAAGCGAUUUGAGAUCGCCUGUUACAAGAAUAAAGUGAUCAGUUGGAGAAGCGGGGCGUAAGUGUUGGCUAGCGGCCGUUCACCGUGUUACUGGCAGCAGGACUGAUAGGGUGCGAGUGCCGAGCUCCAGUUGUCAGCCAAUCAGGGCCUCGCUUACAGCCAGCUGUGUGUGGGCCAGGAGUCAGCAUGGAGGCUUGGAACGCAUAAUAAGUUGUCUAGUGACAAACUGAACACGUGCAGCUGAUGUAGUAUCCAUCAGUAGCUCUGUGUGUGUGUAUACACUCUCUCGGCUCCUGUACGGAGUAAUGCAGAGCAAAAAGACUUGCAGCAAGCAGGGGCCUGAUUUUUGGCAUGUCCUCAAGUAAAGCCAAAUAGAUAGAAUGCUAUUGUACCUGUCAUGGGGAGCACGCUUGACCAGCAAUGUAUACAGCAUACAUUCUAUGUAGCAAUAAUAUUCUAAAAAAAAUGGAAAUUUAAUUUAGAAAUAAGCCCCUCUCCAUCAGCUGUCAGCCAAGUCACAGUUCAACCUUUAAACCGGUCUCGUGUUGACAAAGGAGAGCAGGCAAAAUUAAGUAGAAGUGGUUGUUCUACUCUACAGUACACCAACUACAGCACUUACUAGAGGAGUAUAGGAACAGAUUGACAUCAUUUUUUUUUUUUUUUACCCCACUCAGAUGCCAAAACAAUGUAAAUAAAACUAGCAUGUUUUCUAUAUGAUUUAUGUAUUGACAAUGAAGGGUUUUCACUUAAAGUAACAUUCCAAGCACCACAACCAUUAAAGAAAAAUAUUUUUAGUAGUUCUGUUGCCUCUUGCCCCCUGUAAGUAGUCCAACUGUCUUACAACAGUUUGGCUUCUUUCCACCUUAUGCCAUUUGCUGGUCCCUGUCUACACUACAGCCAACAGAUAGCAGAAAGGACCAGUUUAGGAGCUUCAUUUGAGUCUCCUUGCUCAUUGAAAGUAUCUGCUGAAUGUUGUCAGCCAAAGAAUUAAGCCCUGCUCCAUUGAGCAUAGCUCGAACAGACUACUUAUGUCUGUAGUUGAGAACUGUCAGCUGUAGUAGAGGUGGGGAGUGGUUCCUGGCGGACCUCAUGUAAGAAGUAAAAUUGUUCUGAAAUGGGCUAGCUACUUAAAAUGGAGGGUGCCACUGCACUCCUGCCACUACAGUGUGUUGUCAUGGUUAUGAUGCUUGGUUUGUUCCUGUAGCUAAACAUCCUUCAUUGAUAGUAGGUCGAUUAUUUUCAAAUUCUUUUAUUUGAAGGGUGGGAGGGGUUGUGCCCCACUGGUAUUGGAUGGUAAGUUGUAGUUAAAUCAGAGUUUAUAAUCAAGGUUUUUGCUGUUCAUCUUUGCAGUCUUUUAAUCUUUCAAUUGGAAUUAUGUAGAGUUGUUGACUGUGGUAAUUGCUUGUGUUACAGAGAAAAAGAUCUCGAUGAAGUUCUUCAAACCCACUCUGUGUUUACAAAUGUGUCUAAAGGACAGGUUGCUAAGAAAGAAGAUCUUCUCAAAGCAUUUGGUAUUGAAGAACAGACCGAAAUCUGCAAGCAGGUAAAAAGAUGAUAUAGCAGUUAAAAGUAUCUGUCACCAAACUAGAGAGGGUCCUGUUUUUUAGGCCUUUACAUCAACCACACUCCUUCUUUAACAGAAGCUUAUGUCAGGGUUAAAGGAAUGUGUGUAUUAUCAUAUACUUAUUCAGUCAUUUGCCGGGGAUUCAUUUUUUUAUUUUGCCUGCACAAUGCAGAUACCUUAGUGAAACAGGCUGCAUCCUCUACUUGAUUUGUGGAUGACCUCAUCCAAAAGUUAAUUUUUAAUAAGUUGUUUAUAUGGGACUUAUACUGCUAUUUCCUGCAUACACAGAUAGGCAGGUGAUUAGUCUCUGGUCUACUGCCUGUAAUUUCACAAUGAUGUUCUGUUUAUCUGAAUUUACACCUCAUCAUAGUUGAAACCCCACAUUCAAAUAAAGUUUUAUCAAUAAAAUAUAUUUAUUUUUUCAUUGUCUUUCAACCUGCAAACCAGUAUAAUUUUGCUUUUCAAUAGAUUUUAGCCAAGGGGGAGCUACAAGUGUCUGAAAAGGAAAGAAGUACGCAAUUAGAACAAAUGUUUCGAGACAUUGCAACGAUAGUGGCAGACAAAUGUGUCAAUCCAGAGACGAAAAGACCUUAUACAGUCAAUCUCAUUGAGCGUGCUAUGAAAGAUAUUCACUACUCUGUAAAAGCUACGAAAAGCACCAAACAGCAGGUAACGUGAAAGUGUUUUCUGGCUUGCUUGGUGUAUUUGUUACAAUUACAUUUAUGUACAUACCUUUUAUUUGUUAAUGGUUUUGUAAAGAAGAAACUUUCUACAAUAACCUUUAUUAACAACUUUAAAGACAUGCGUGUUUAUUGCUCCAGAAAGGAACCUAAGUGGCCUUAAAAUCAGAAUUUAAAUCUUAGCCACUAUAUUGAAUUGUAUGUUCAAAGCCAUCUACACAUUUUUAUUAGACAAUAAAGCAGUUUUGUAUUCGUUUUUGGAUAUGCAACUUAAUAAAGGUUAUACUUUAUUGCCUUCAACUAUCUUAUUAAACCCACCCUUUCACUAGUAUUUCUUGCCUUGUGUUUCCAUUGAACUUGUACCUGUUUUUACAUGUUAUUUUUACAGUGAAACAAGGGCUUGAGUUGAGAUACAAAAAAAACCUAAUAUGAUAAGUGUCCAAAAAUAUAUAUGCAUAUGCUAAAAAUGUAUACUUUAGAACUUCAGCCCUGACAAAAAAUGUAAUCUCAACCAGGCAGGUGUGCUAUUGAUCAUCACUGCUGCUUGAAUGCAACAGAUUAUAAUCGUAAUUGCAUGGCUGAUGUAUGUGGUCAUCCAAAAUGUCAUUUAAUAAUAGAGAUGGGCACCACCAGUUAAAACUAUAAAUACAUGAUGAUUAAGUUCCUCUUACUUUAAAUUUUGAAACCUGUAGAUGCAUUUUAGAAUUUUGCAUAUAGUUAAAAUGAAAGGUGGAAAUAUGUUUUGCAGACAAACCGUGCCCAAUACACUCAGAAGCCCCAUCCACAUCACACAUAAACUGGUUAUAUUGCAUUUAUGUUCAAUCUGAUCUUCUACUCUAUCUCUGUUCCUCCAUCCCUACUGAGUAAGUCCUGAUUCUUCUUCACGUGGUUAAUGUGAUGCACAGAGAUGUUUUUUCACAGCUGUGAGGGAAUAUUGACCAAUAUUGUUGGUAAAAACCUUUCUUUCCUCUGAGUUAUUAGCUGUGGAAUUUUAAAGAACUACUGAAGGCACCACAGCUUUGUUUUCCUGGCACUAUAGUAUCCCUUUAAACACACCUCUAGUGACUGUGUUCCUGGCAGCUAUUAAGCAUAGGGCAUUGAUUUGCCACAUAUGCACACUGGCAGUGCUUUGGUUUGGCUGAGAUCAUACAUUUUGAUGACCUGAACCAUAGGGGCAGGGCAACCGAGGUGAGGGAAGAAAGGUUAGUAAUUCUCAACGUUCAACCCUCGGAGGCACGGGAAAACUAUAGCGUUAUGCUUACCUGUUUGUAUUCCUAACACCAUUGUGUUACUUUAAAGGAACACUAUAGGGUCAGUAAUACAAAACUGUAUUCCUAACCCUAUAGUGUUAAAAAUUGAGUUUAAGCUUCUGACCACCUCCUUGCCCCCCUUAGAAAUUGUUAAAACUUUUUUUAGUGUCGUGUGGGUCCACCACUGCUGGCCUCGCCCCCGAUCUGUAUCCUUGCCUGAGUUCAUCAUAAUUGAUGAUCCCAGUCAAUCCAAUGCUUUUCUAAGGAAGUGUCCCUAGGCAGCCAUGUAAAAGGCACUGUUUAUAGCAAAUAGCAUGCAGGGACAUACUAUACUCACCAGAGCAACUACAUCAACCUGUAGUUGUUCUGGUGACUAAUGUCCCCUUAAAGGACCACUAUAGUGCCAGGAAAACAUACUUGUUUUCUUGGCACUAUAGUGCCCUGAGGGUUAAAAACGUACUUUUUCCAGCGCUGGGCGGAGAGCUCUCCUUCUCUCCUCCUCCGUUCCUCCUCCUGGGCUGAAUGCGCACGCGCGGCAAGAGCUGCGCGCGUAUUCAGCCCGUCGCAUAGGAAAGCAUUUACAAUGCUUUCCUAUGGACGCUUGCGUGCUCUCACUGUGAGAGCUCUCACAGCCACUAGAGGAUUAGGGGGAAGGCUUAACCCAUUCAUAAACAUAGCAGUUUCUCUGAAACUGCUAUGUUUAUAAAAAAAAAAGAUGGGUUAACCCUAGAAGGACCUGGCACCCAGACCACUUCAUUAAGCUGAAGUGGUCUGGGUGCCUAGAGUGGUCCUUUAAGGAGUAGGGAAGAGGCUAACACAUUUCAUCAAGAUUGAAAUCCUGGAAAUUUUGUACCCUGUACAUUUGAGACUUUACUAGUUCUUCUCUUACUCUUUGUAAUCCUAAUGUAGCUCUUUUUUAGGAGCUCCAUUUUGUUGGUGUGUUUACAACAGGGUAUUUGCACCUGUAGCAGCCAUGUCCAAAAUGAUACACAGGCUACAGCCUCCCCCUAAUAAGCAUCUGGUAUGUAGGAUGUUUUUCUAUGCAAAUGCCUGUAGACACCAUGUUUUUAUUUUUUGCCAAGUGCAGAAAAAAUACAUAACUGUGUAAUUGUGUCAUCUGCUACAGUUUUUGAAAAAACAAGCAUUCUUAUAACCACAUAUAUCGUAUACCUUUCAUUAAUACCUAAAUGUAUAUCGCAGGCAUUGGAUGUUAUCAAACAGCUAAAAGAGACCAUGCAGAUUGAGAGAGCGCAAAUGAGAUUGCGUUUCAUCCUUCCAGCUAAGGAUGGGAAACGCCUGAAGGAGAAGCUGAAGCCCCUUAUCAAGCAAGUAGAGAGUGAAGAUUUUAAUCAAGAACUCGAGAUGGUAUGUUAAUAUAUUUUUUUUCGUUCCUGUCGCAAAAUACACCAUAAUAUAUGUGGCCUAAAAUUUUAAGUCCUGUGCUACUAGCUACUACACUCACCAAGGGUGAAUCUCUACUCACCAGGGCUACAUUUUCAGAUAAUAGCAACAUUAUUAAAGAAACUCUCUAUAGUAUCAGGAACACAAACAAGUUCAAAACGUGUACAAAUCACAUUUUUUCCAUAACUGCGAGGGUCCUUCCUUCCCCUGACCAGUAGCUGCCCUGUCACUUAUUUUAAUCCCAGCAGGGCUAGGAUACUAACCGUUAAGUAGCCAUGACCCCCACUUUUGGCAUAGUGGCUGGAGGUAUAUUACAGAUGAUUAAUCUUCCUAUAGUUAUAGGGGUCAUUGGCUGGUUGUUUGUAGUUUGUUUUUGUUUUUUGUUUGUUUGUUUGUUUUUUUAAAGGGUGGGUUCUCCAAAUGGUUAACAUUUGCUCUCCCAAGAAUUUAUUUUAUUUUAUUUUUCUUUCACUAUUUACCUGCUAGUUGCUAGCACACAUGCACAAUAAUCUGCAAAUGUACAUAAUAUCACAUCCGGUCCCAAUUUUGUUUAAAAUCAGUGCUUUGUAAAUGUUCUGGAUCCUGUAGUUUUUGUAUAAUUUGUACUCAUUUAAAACCAGAUGUCAGAUUCAUCCAGCUGAAUGGUGAAGAUUUGCUCAGGAGGUGGAUUUGGCUUUAGUAAAUGUAGGAAUUGCCAUUACAGUUGGAAUUUGGCAGUUUUCCAUCUGGAUAAAAUUUGGAGUUUAUUGACUAACUCUAUUAGGUCUACUUCCAGAUAAAGCUGUGGCUGAAACCUUUACUUUUAGCUGACUAGACAUUAUACAAAUUGACAUUCUCACUGCACAACAUAAUCAAAAACCUUAUUGGAGUGAGAAGGGGGAGGGGACAAUAAAUGUGAUCUGUUCAUUUGGGGUGGGUGGAGACUUAUGCCCAUUAAAUAUACAUUGCAGGUCAAUGGUUUACAAGUCUAGGAGUCAGCACUUUUCCUGGAUAAUUCUCUGGUAGCCAGAUGUACCCACAGCUCGAUUGAUUUUGUCUGUUUAUUUAUUUUUGCUUACCACUUUUUAAUAUCUAUAUAAUUCUUUCUGCUCCUGCCUCUGCUUCCCAAUUAUGGCUAAGGAAGGCCUGGAUUAUGGCUAUUGUCUUAUGCAGACUGUAUAUCUAUGUAAUCAGUCUCGCUUCCGCCAAUAAAGAUGGUAACCUGUAUGAACUAGUCUCCAUGGAAAAUUAUUUCUUCCUCAUGUUACUGGUCUUGAAGCAAGUUCUAGUACAGCUGCAGGCCUAUUGAUCAAGGUGUAGUUCCACCAAGUUCAGUUUGUACCCUGCACUGCCAUAGAUACGGUAUGACAGGAAUGGUUUACUGCCUAGGUUUGUUUGCCCUUUUCUUUUAAGAAAGAGCUUAUGGCAAUUGCCACUUAAGAUUCUCUCACUAUGCAAAAUGUUGCCAUCCAUAACGUUGUUGAAUCUCUACAAUACUGCUUCCUCAGGGGUACCUAAUUAAUUUUUGUACACCAGCCCCUAAAGGUUAGGGUGUUUUUCUACAGCAUACAGGUGGAUGCUAAUCAAUCUUCUUUUAAGAAAUCUCUUUGCAAGAAGUGUGCAGUUCUGGUGUUUGUCAAGGAACAGUUCAGGUGUAAACAUUUUUGACUCUCAAAGAAUGGUAAUUCCCUGAAGAAAAAAUUUGUGGUUCUCUCUGUCCUUAUCACCUGAAAUAAGUUUGGUUCCCAUCUUGUAAGAACCUGCUUGGUCUCUUCAGCUUCUUUAGGCAUAGUACUGUUUACAGGUCCUUCAGAGGCCAGAUACAGUUGCUGAUAGGAUUUUGCAGUAAAAUCCUAUACUUCGGUCAUUCCUUUCUGAACCAGGCAGAAAUGAAGGAUGCCAGACGGUUCUUACUUUUUGUUCUAGUUCUCAAAUCGAUUGUUCAGAAUUUUACAACUGAUGCUUCAGGUCUCAGCUAGGUUCUCAUAGGGUUGAAGGGAAAUUAGCCGAGAUGUUUUGAAAAAACUUAUCCAACUACAUAGGACCGAAGGCUAUCUGGCUAGCUCUCUUUGCCUUUCAGAUAAAGACCAGGUAUUAUCUUGUCCAGAUCUGGUUGGAUAGUUCUACAUCGGUAGCAAUUAUGUACAAACAAGGUGGUCUUCUUGUUUGAAAAAUCUUGUUCCAGGAUAUGCUUGGGUUAGUUUUUCUUAGGUCUAUUCACUUAUGCAUAGAACUUAAUAUUCCUUUUUAGCUGUAGCAUUGAGUAGUCAACAUUUAAUACAAAGCAGAUUGGUUCGUACUCCCUGAUCUUCACCCAAACGAUAGGAAGAAUUUGAUUAUCCAGUUAUGGAACUGGGACUUCUAGAUCAAAGAGAUAGCAUGAAGUGUUUUAUUGGACAGACCAGUAAGCUUUGGUUUCCUUUUCUUUCUUGGGAAUUCCAGUCUAACCUAUAGUUUCCUCCUGGUUCCCUAUUCCCCAAGAUCCUAUAGGAUGGAAAAGGUGAGAAUGAUAGUCUUCCUCCCUUGGUGGCAAGUAGCUGUUUCACCGUUCAUCUAAAAUUAUCCAGAGGAAUCUUUGGGGACCUUACCUGUAAAUAGGCAUCCUGGAAUUCUCAAGGUGGUACUUCUCACCUUUGUAGUAAUUCAAGCUGACAACCUGGUUUAUUUAUACCAGAUACUGAAGGAUAAUGUUUUGUCUCAGGAAAUUGACUAUUUCUUUUACUAUAAAUGGAUCUUGUUCCAAGAUUUAUUCCUAGUAUGGAAGGUGGUGUUGUUUUUUAAGAUAUUGGUUCAAAGAAUAGCAGGCAUCCGCUUCCAAGUUUUUAACCUCCUUUUUUUUUUUUUUUUUUGGAUGGGCUUUGCAGAUGGUUUAAAGCCAGAGAUCCUCAAGGUCAAAUUUCGGUUAUCAGUUGAUUUUCAGAGGUUUGUCUCCAAAUCACCAGUAUCUGCUAGGCUCUUUCAUGGUUAGUUCCUAUCUUCAGGGAAUCUUUUCCCCAGGGGAUCUUCUUUUGGGGUUUUUAACUCUGCUGAUUUGAGUCUUCACUCUAGGUCUUUGGGGGUAGUCGCCCAAAAUAAUUAUGGGAAGAACUUCAAGUUCUUAAAGUUUCCAUUUUCAGCAGGAGAAAGUGGAGUUAAGUUGGAUUCUUUAAUUCUUCCCAAUCUUCCAUCUAUCGUUAUUUUUCAGUGAGAUUUGAGUCCCACCCUAAGGGAUUGCUUUUGGAUAUCCCAGUUGUAAAGCACUGCCUCUAAUCUGAAGGGAAAAACAAAAUUUUUACUUACCGUAAAUUUCUUUUUCCAGAAGAUUAGAGGCAGUGCUCACUCCCCCCCACCCCCCAAAAAAAAAAAUGUGGUACGGUUAUUCGGCUUUUGUAAUUUCUGGGGAUGCCUUGGGUAGGAAGCAAUUUAUAAAGCCAAAGGUUAAUUGGGGGAAAAGUUUGGGAGAUUGCCUGCCUGUUUUUUCCCUCCAGGUGAUGAAAUCCCAGUUGUAAAGCACUGCCUCUAAUCUUCUGGGAAAAGAAAUUUACUUUAUUUUUCGUUGUGCAAGAAAUAACAAUGCGUCGUACACUGUCACAAUGGUGUGUGCAAGUACAGUGAUAAUACAAUCAGACGUAUAUGUGGCAUUAUGGUCUCAGCACAAUUUUUAUAUAUAGUGAUAAUCCCGCUGUUUGUAUUUGUUUGGUUACAGGUCUUGACUGCAUAAACAACACAAGUAACUCAAGUAAUUGUAGCAAAAAGGCAUGACCUGCAUAAAACUGGUGAUUAGCUCGCUAUGUGAGGUGUCUGAGCUUCGGAUUUAGUCCCAGGCUAUGUGCUUCUAUGUGGUCUGCAGGUACUGUAAUGCGUUAGAGAGAUUUUAACAUGCACAUGUGUUAUAGACAUGGUGGUAGUGUACCUUAUAUCUAUGUUAAACAACGCCAAGGGUGCAGUGUCAUAUAGUGUAGUGUUGGGGGAUAAAGAGCAUGGGACUGGGGGUACAUUAAGUGUUGUGAUAAAAACACACUGGCGUCAACUAAGUAAACUGAACUUUAGUAACUUACAAAGAGACAUCAAAUGGUAAGAAGCAGGAUAGCGUUAAUUUUGUGGGAAUUGCACGCCAUAUCCCUUGGUUGACCGUGGGUGGGGUGGGUGGCCCUUGAGUCCUUGCGGUUGGGACAUUUUAGCCGACACCUGCCCGAGGGUAUACAAAGUCCCGUAGCCAGAUUAUGUGCUGCAGGCUGAAGUGUUGUGGCCCUUGUUUGGGCCAAUGUAGCCCUUAGGGGGAGUGGGUCUAGUGAUUGCAUACCUCGGCUCUGCAGGAUAGAGAGUCCGCUUGAACAGUGGGUAGUGGAGGUAUUUCGCACCUUGUUGUGCUGCCUGUUUCUUGUGCCGUGCAGUCGCAGAGGUCUCUGCUGAUUCCCAGCUUCUCGAUGUGGUAGACUCGGGUGUACCCUCGGAGCAGCUGCAGGGGGUAGGCGCUUCGGCCACGGUGAUGAUCUUUGCUUUGCCGCUCGGGGCUCCCCCCAUUGUGCCUGCCGGUGACAUCCUUUGUGCGCUGAUGGCGAAGUGUUCAUUUGCGGCUUGUGCGGUGCUUCAGGUUGAGUCCUCUGCCUCUCGUGAGUCCGAGCUGGCCAUCUGCCCGAGUAGCAGGGGCCCGUGGGUGAGGUGUGCUCUUGAUUUGUUGCUGUCCCGCUUCUUUACCUCGCGCGUUGCUGGGGAUGACGGUUGUGCCAGACGCUGGUAAAGUUUGACCCAGAAGUUGGCAAAUAUCCUGUCCAGGCAUUUGUGCGCUUCUUCCACAUAGUUGUAUCCUCGAUGAGGAGGCGCUGACCAAGACGCGGCUACCAUUUUGUUUGUCCAGGUGCCGUUUCCAUCGGCACUUGGGCGGGUGACAACGCGGUGUAGCCAUGUGCUCUGGGUCGAUGGGGACCGGGAUGACCCCUGCCGGUCCAUGGGGGGGAGAGGGGUUCCAAAGUGGCGUGUCCAGCUGAGUAUGUUGGUCGGGGAGCGGCCGUCUCCCUUGCACCAUCCAUACUCGUAGGCCGCGGCUUCUGAGUUCGUGGGUCCGGUGAGUUGCACCACAUAUUUGGUAUCUCCUUAUAGCUCCCCCGGUCCUCUGUCGUUUGGGUUACAGAUUAAGUUCGGUUCUGGCCUCUGUCAGUGUGGAUUGCAACCGAUUGGGCUUAGUAAUGCUGGAGCCUCAGACAAGCACGUCUGCUCGGCUCUGCUGUCAGGCCCCCCGUUAUGCAUAUUUAUAUGCACGCUAUGCAUCCAUUGCUUCAAACAAAAGUUUUCCUAAUUGUUUUUUUUUUGUUGUUGUUGUUUUUUUUUUUGUUUUUUUUUGCAGUGCAGAUUUAAACUUACAAGCUUGCAGAGACAUUUUACAAGAGUGUAUUUGAGAUGAAUAAAGUAGAUAUGUAACAGUAAAUGUUUAGGGUACUGCACUUUUUUUUAAAAUUUAUUUUAUUAAAUAUAGAGUAAAUGAGAAGGCAAGUUUAACCCCUUAAGGACGGAGCCAAAUGUACACAUUGUGAACAAAACAAAAUGUAAACAAAACCUGGCAUUUGCGCUACAUGUCUGUCCAACCGUAAUACACCUCUUUCAUAGUAAAUGCACCCACCCUUAUUAUAUAUCAUUUUAUUCAGGGGAAACAGGGCUUUCAUUUAUUUCAAAUUUAAUUUAUCAAAUAUUUAGCUAUGAAACAUAAUUUAAUAUGAAAAAAAUGGGAGAAAAUACGAUUUUUUUGAUUUUUUUAGUUCUAAAUUGCAUUUUAAAGGUCAGUGUCAUAAUACUGUUUGAUUUUACUGCAAUAAAAUACACAUAUUUGUAUUUAGUAAAGUCUCACGUGUAAGACAGUACCCCCUAUGUACAGGUUUUAUGGCGUUUUGGGAAGUUACAGGGUCAAAUAUAGCACGUUACAUUUGAAAUUGAAAUUCGCCAGAUUGGUUACGUUGCCUUUGAGACUGUAUAGUAGCCCGGAAUGAAAUUUACACCCAUAAUGGCAUACCAUUUGCAAUAGUAGACAACCCAAGGUAUUGCAAAUGGGGUAUGUCCAGUCUUUUUUAGUAGCCAUUUGGUCACAAACACUGGCCAAAGUUAGCGUUAGUAUUUGUUUGUGUGAAAAAUGCAAAAAACGCCAAUUUUGGCCAGUGUUUGUGACUAAGUGGCUACUAAAAAAGACUGGACAUACCCUGUUUGCAAUACCUUGGGUUGUCUACUAUUGCAAAUGGUAUGCCAUCAUAGGGGUAAUUUUCAUUCUUGGGCUACCAUAGGGUCUCAAAGGCAACGUAACCAAUCUGGCGAAUUUUAAUGUGAAAAAAAUGAAACGCAAGCCUUAUAUUUGACGCUGUAACUUUUGAAAACACCAUAAAACCUGUACAUGAGGGGUACCGUUGUACUCGGGAGACUUCGCUGAACACAAAUAUUUGUGUUUCAAAACAGUAAAAAGUAUCACAGCAAUAAUAUUGUCCGUGUAAGUGCUGUUUGUGCGUGAAAAAUGCAAAAAACGUCACUUUUACUGGCGAUAUCAUCGUUGUAAUACAUUUUACUGUUUUGAAACACUAAUAUUUGUGUUCAGCGAAGUCUCCCGAGUAGAACAGUACCCCCAUGUACAGGUUUUAUGGUGUCUGGAAAGUUAUAGGGUUAAAUAUAGUGCUACAAAUUAAAUUCCCUUUACUUUCGCAUGGGUUGUCAGGCAGGUCCUGCUAAUUGUAAUUAAUUAAGAUACCUAAUUAUGUAAAAAUAUUACAUAAAUAUAUAUGUAGAAUUAAUAUAUGUAUAUAUAUACGUAUUGUGUAUAUAUAUGUAUAUAUCUAUAUAAUUUUUUUAAAUAUUUUUAUUUAUAUAUAUAUAUAUAUAUAGUGAUAUAUACGUAUAUAUUUAUGUAGAUAGAUAUAUAUAUUAUUUCGUUCUACGUGUAUUUUGAUAUAUAUAUAUAUAUAUAUAUAUAUAUAUAUAUAUAUAUUAAUUUCACAAAACAGUUAGAACGAAAUAACACACAUCUAUAUAUUUUUUAAUUAUUUAUUUUUAAUUAUUUUUUUAAUUUUAUUUUUUAACGUAUUUACAUUUUUAUUUUUUUUAUAUUAUAUAUAAAUAUAUAUAUAACAAUAAUUAUAUAUAUAUUUAAUCAGUAUCAGUCUACGUGUAAUUUAUAUAUUAUAUAUAUAUAUAUAUAAUUAUAUAUAUAUUAAUAGUAAAAUACACCUAGACGGUGUAUGUGUGUGUAUGUAUAUGUGUAUAUAUAUAUACUUAGAUCAUAUAUAUAUAAUAUAUAUAUAUGAUCUAAGUAUAUAUAAUAAUUUUUUUUUACACCAUUAACUUAUUUUACUUUUAUUUUCAGCCAGCAGGGGGACCACCUGUCAUUACAGGCAGCCCCCCUGCCGGCAAUACAGAAGCCAGCUAUACCCGGCCAUGUGAUUGUGGGGUCCUCGCUAGGACCCCACUCUCACAUGGCCGGGGGGCUUCAACGAGGACGGAUGUGCCGCGGGGGGCUCCCUGGGAGUCCCCCCAACCGCGAUCGCCGGCGUGGGACCGCCGGCGACCGGGUAAGUUAACAAAAACCGGAGGGCGUACAAUUACGCCCGGCGGCGUUUAGAGCCGCCUAUUAGAGGGCGUAAUUGUACGUCCUCCGGUUUUAAGGGGUUAAAAAAUUUAAAAAAAAUAAAUACAUGAGAAACAGUUCCAUCAUAGUAAACAAACAAAGGGUGCAACAUGCUGUAGAAUAGAACUGUGUGUACAAGAGGUGAAAACCACUGUGUGAUCAGGAUCAAUUAGGGCAUAAGAGCUGAGAGUCCAGACCACAGCAUAUUUUGUGCUUAAAAAGGUUAACUGCAAGACAGGAGAUCAAACUCUAGCAAUCAUAUAGUAACAUAUAUUGUGCUGUAUAUGAGGAGCAUAGCCUGUUCAGCCGAUGCCCUUAAAGGGAGGGAUGUCUUUGUUGUACUUGAGUCCAUACAAGAUGAACUGGAUGCCCCACUGGACUUCAGCCACCACACGCGUCCGGACAAUGCUUCCUGUGGUCUGAACAGGUCUGAUCCCCAUUGCUGUGACUGGUAAGCUUACUGGGAGAGACAUCAAUGCUCGCUGCCCUUGGAGGUCAUACCGUGAGGAGGUUCCUCGUGCAUCACGCCGCUCGGGUAGGUAUGUGCCAGCUUGAGAGUUAGGUCGCCGGGACCAAGUCACCGGUCGAGGUCUCCACUUGCAUCUCCUGCUCCGCAACACCAUGCGGGGGAUAUCCAAAUGAGGUCUCACUUUGCUGCACCGUAGGGCAGUCGGAACCUGUGAUACCUCGGCCCAACCUAUGAGAAGUUGAGCAAGCACGUGGCUACAUAGUCUCCGAGAACCGUUCCCACAGCUGGUCUAACUUUUGGAGAGGCGGAUCCACACUGGAGGGCUGCUGUGAGGAGGCCUCAGAAGCUGUAGGCUCAAGCACGGCGGCCAUCUUAAAAGGCAGGCCUUGGUCCCCAUAUUCGCCUGAUACUUCAGUGUGUAGCCGUUAAGGCUUCACAAGCACUUCAGGGGUGACCAGGAUAUCCCCCACCGGUCCAAGAGGAGGGUUGGGGGGGUGGGGAGCUUGGGCAUAGGGUUUUUGGCACAACAGGGCAGGAUCAGCCGCAUCCCCCGCCUCCAGUAUAACAGCAGGCCGCAGGAUCAUUUGUCACGAUGAAUGCCCGCAGGAACUAGGCAGAAGUUGGUCAGACAAUUGGCAGUGUUCCCUCAGGGGUUAAGUAAGAUUAGUGCGAAUAUUGCACUCUGAAAUUCGCAUUUUUAGCUGUAUUUCCUGAGGAGCUUUAGUCCCAUGCGUCCAGCUUGGUCGGCUGUCAGACCCCGUCCACUUUUUAAAUACCCCUUGUUUCCCUUAGUACUCUUACCUUGUGCGUGUAAGAUAUUUCAGGGAUAGGCUUUUUUUUUUUUUUUUAAAGCGUGCAUAGUUGUCUGGAGCAUGCCUAUUUAGGACUUAUUUAUUUUGUUUAUUUAUACUUGCCUCUUUAUCAAUAUCCCUUCUUUCCCUUUGUACUUUUACCUUGUGCAUGUAAGUUCAGGCGUAGACUUUUUUUUAAGCGAGCAUUGCUGUCUGAAGCAUGCCUAUAUAGGACUGAUGCUUGCUGUUUUUCAGAAUUUGAGACAUUUUGGUGGACAAAGUCUGCAGUCUGCUUCAGCUGUCAUAACAUGGAAAUCUUAUAACAAUUUAAAUAUUUAUAGUUUAUAUUAACCAAGGCAAAUAAUUCUAACAGCACACAUUUGACAUAUAAAAACAGUAUGUGAAUGAUAGAUCCCCUCUUCUGUUCAUGAUGGCAUUUUCAAAUUUUAUAUCGGGCUGAAGCCCCAGGCUUUUCUGGAACUUUGCAACACCCCUGUAUAAAGAGAAUAUAAUCCAAAGCUAAAUAUAUUGCAUAUGUGUUCUUUUUGUUUUUUUAUUUUUUAUUCUUUUUUUUGCUUUUGUAUUUUUAAUUAAUGAUGUUGCGCCUGGUCCACACAUGGUUUCUGAUUGUUGAAUUUGCAGAUUAUUAUUUUAUAAGAAGGAAAAAAAAAAAAAUCUCAUCUAUAUCAUUUCAGAUAUGUUUAAUUGACCCUGGCUGCUUCCGAGAUAUUGAUGAACUCAUCCGCUGUGAGACUAAAGGAAAAGGCACCCUGGAAGUGCUCAGCUUGAAGGAGGUGGAAGAGGGAGAUGAAAGGCUGGAGUGAUGAGGCUCCCUAGCACUAUUAAAGAGCGCAGGCUUUAAUACCUCCUAACUUAUCAGCCUUUAUGUUCAGAUCACAUAUUCUCCAUAAGUGGCUUCCUCUGCAAAAUAUCUGCAUUUCUGCCGCACUUGCUUUGGCAGUGAGGGUCUCUGUGUGUGCAGAUUUGGAUUCUGGACAAUAUACCUUUUACUAACUCAUGGCUUUGAAGGUUCACUACCAAGAAAAUGUUUGUAAGCACAGUCUAAAUUAUCAUCAAAUAGCUUUUAGGACAGUAUAUUUUGCUUUAAUGAAAUAACAUCUUCAAAUGUUUUCUUAUACAGAAUAAUUGUCUUUAGUUCUCUGCUCCUGGUGUCUGCUAGUAAAAUAUAUAAUAAAAUAUUAUCUGACUACAUUGUUGCAAAGGGAAUGACCGAGUCUAUUGAUUGAGGUCAUUGAUGCAUUUUUUUGAGAGACUGUGUGUGUUUUUUGUUUUGUUAAACUGCGAGAUAGCAGACAGAAGAACCUUACAGUACUUUUUAAACUCCAUUUAAACCCACAAAUGAAAAUUGUUUUAUCACCAUGGUGGUAGUUCUUGAAAUUGAGCUGUGAUUCUCCCGCUCUCUAUGCAAAUGUUGGACUUGCACAAUGCCUAGUGCUACCAAAAACUAUAGAGAUAAAAAAAAAGUAUAUAAAGCAUACAUACAAGUUUAAAAUAUUGUUUUGAAUAUAUAGAUUUUUUUUUUUCUUUAUGAAAGGUCAGUUAACACUAAACGUAUUGUGCCGAUAAAUAAAUGAACAUGCUCCUCUUUGCAUUUUUUUUUUCUGCAUUGCAAAUUGUCCUGUUAAUAAUUAUAUGAUAUGGUGGAAGUUUAUAUACCAUAAAAUUUCGCAUUACUGUGAAUAUAUAGCGCCAACAUGUUGCAGCACAUUAGGUAAACAAAGACAAAAAAAUGAUAACCUACAUUUCACAUAUAAGAACAGUAUGUGAAGAGAGCUUACAAUCUAUAUAUUGCAGUUGCCAAACCACAUGCAAAUAAUUUUAUUUCAAGUUUUGAACUUAUCCAUUUACUUCUUUGACAUUGAGGUGUAAUCUAUAGUUCUUGUGGUCAGUGGUGUGUGCAUGGAUCACAGAAUUCUUAUGUCUCAAUCUCAGAAUGCAUGCAUGUGGUAUCUAAUGUAUGUGCAGGUGUGUGAAUUCAUUCUCCUACAUCGGACCAGUUGGCAAUCUUUAUCUUUUUAGUAUUUACCCUGGCUUUUGCUAAUGCAAUAUAUACAUGAAGUUGCCUUGUUUGCAUUUUAUUAAUUUACUGAAAUUUGAUUCAACUAUUUUUAUUUUUUCAAAAAAAAAAAGCAAAUUAUAUUAUUAAAUUAAAAGGUAAAAUGUGGAUGUUAUGCAUGCCAUGUGUACAAAGACAUGGCAGGUGCUAAUGUUUGUGUUUUUGAAGAAAGUUAUAAUGCAAGCUAAAAAAAAAAAAAAUUACAUUUGUGUUAUGUCAUCAAAGUUAAACUUUUCCAUAUUUUUUAUUUUUUUUAAGUAGUCAAUUUAUGGUGUUUUUUGGAUUGCAUUUCUAUCUUUUUUGUUGCCUUACAGCGUCAUUCACUAAGGUGAGAAUUCAAAGAGAAUUUCAAAUUUAAGGUCAUAAUAGCCAGACUGGGAGAAUGCCUUCUCUCGUGUCAAUUUACAGGAGCAGGUCUACAAGACAAUCUUCAGGUGGUACCCACACAAUUCAAAUUGUUCCACUUAUCUUGGAAGGGUUGCAGAGAGAGUCAUAUCGCCAUAUGUGGUGGACCUGCCCCAAGGUUGUGAGGUUUGGGAACGAAUCUGAGAUUUAAUUGCUAUUGUACUUCAGAGACUAAGAGGUAGAACCAUGGUACUUCCUGCUAUCCAUAUCAGUAGAGGGAAUGCCCACUUGUAUCCACAAAUUAUUUAACAAGUUAAUACUGGCAGCCAGACGGGCUCUGAAUCAACAAUAGAGAAGAAAGGGGACUCCCUCGAUUGGUGUAUUGAUAAAAAGUAAAAAUGAGAACUAAAAGGACAAACUCACUGCACAGAUCAUGCAUUCCAUGAAAUCUUUUUCUAAAAUGGCAGAUGCCCUAACGAGAUACUUGGGAAACAGAUGCUUCCUUUGGGAAAAUCCGCAGUGGGAGUUACUUUAACCCCUUUCCCUCCCAUCCCCCUUCUUGCUUCUCGUUUUUAUGUGAUUAGCAUGUUGCUCAAGCUUCAAAAUACGUGUGAGGCAGUGAAGUGGAUACUAAUUAAACUGAACAGGUGUAUAAUUGUAUAACAUCUGCUUUCGAUCUUCUGCAACAAAAUAAAGAACUUAAAAAAUUCUCUGAGCUAUGCUUCAAUUUUAGCUCAUUUUGCCUUAAAUUAGAAAUUCUUGCCAUAGUGAAUAACAUUAUUUGUCAACAUCAAUUUUAUCUGCAACAUAUCUUUUUAAAACAUGUGGAAAUUGUUGAGAUAGUGAAAAUAUAGGUUCAUGCUAACCAUGAUGGAAUGGGUGAUGGGUAAGCAAAAGUGAGUCAGUGGAAAUGCAUUAAUUUAAAAAGUGGUGAAGGCAAAAGACAAAUUAAUUCAGUCAGUAUUGUGUUUUCAUAUUUGUCCUUUGCUUCAUAUAGAAAUUUAACCAGUACUGUUUAUAAAUGCGCUUGUGUUCAAAAUAAAAUGGUAACAUCUCAAUCAGUCCACAUUUUGUUUUCUGAUGAAUGUAAAAAAUAUAUUUUUUUAUUGAUGUUUUGAGUGUACAUAGGUGUGACAAAAUAGAUAAAUAAGUAUUAUGUAUUUGUAAAAACCCUUAAUGUAUUACUAGCAAUACAGCUUACUGAUAAUGGCAACAGAAUGAAAAAUGUCUGCAUUUCAGCUAACUGCUCACAUACAGUAAUUACAGUUAAAUGGAAUAUUUCUAACAAAGAUUACCAUACCAAUUUAAAUGCCUUUAUUAUUCUUAACCUAUGUAGUGCUUACACAGCGUGCAAUGGUGGUGCUCAUUAAGUAUUCUCCCCUCCCUGACUUUAUGAAUGGUAUCUCAGUGAAACUUCCUUUAGCAUUUGGAAAAGGCAGUGAGUUGACAUUUUAGAACAUCUGCAUUAAAUGUGUGGCCAGUGGCUUCUGGCAAAGAAAUUGAUCACUCAUGGAUUAUAAAGGAGGGUGAGGCUAUAGAAUAGUCCUUUAAAUUGUAAAUGCCCCGUUUAGUGUGUGUUUGUUUUUUUUGCCUAAGAUCACUCAUUUGUCUCUUUUCAUGAAUGUAAUCUAUGAUAAAAGCAUCAAAAAUACAAAAGUGGAAUAAAAAGUGGGAAUUUUUUUUUUUUUUUUUUUUGAGUAGGUGGAGUAACCGUUUUCUUGAUAAUAAAAUGGAGCAUUUUGCACAACGCUGGCACAAAUGUGAAAGCAGGCGUGACAAUUUUUAUACAUAAACCCCACUGAGAUUUUAUUACAAGCAUGACUGUGCUGUAUUAGAUUGAGUGCAGCAGAGGAAUGUGCAAACCUGGGCAGAAAUGUAAAUAAAUGGCAAGAACCUUACUACCACAAGAUCAAGAUAUCGAUAAAGCUUGCAUAUGGCUAAAGGCUUGAACUGUUAGUUAACACUGCAAUUUAUUACUGUAGUGCAGAACCGAUUUACAUAAACUUAUUUACAUUUCAUCUUAUCUGUUUGCCCUAUCUGUGGAAAGAAGCUUCAUAUAUUGCUCACAUUAUUUUUGUAAUUUAAUGUAACUAUGUAUAGAUCAGUCUUAAAGCUGUAUAAACAGUGACACAUUUGGCUCUGUAGGGUGGCACAAUAAAUCUGGAUUGAAAAAAACCAUGAUGAAGUGCAGAUUGUUGACGAAUUUGAGAGUAUUUACAUCUGUUACCAAUGGAGAAAUUGCAGUUGUUUUUUUUGUCCCAUUUUAGAUCGGUAAAGGCAAUUUAAUGGAUUAAUGUAAACAAUUGUCAUGUUUAGUGCAUGAUUGAAAAUCCAUUGGAGUUGAUGACUAACUGAUGUUGGCAACACACAGUGAGCAUCCAGUAUCCUGCCUGGUAAUGAUCUAUCACAGCUUGUACUGCAGGCAUCUUCUCACUCCAAUAUGUUUUAGUCCUUGUCUUUCAUCGUUCUGCAGCUUAUUAUUGUCGCAAUAAGACCACAUAUGCAUAAAUGCCACAUUAAAUCCACAUACAAGUACCAACAUGGUUUGUGCCUGCAUGUUAUCUAUAUAAUUUUGUAAAAAAAAAAUAAGAUAAAAUGGAUGUCCAUAGAUCUUUGCAAGCAUAAAAACAUUCCUGGAUGAUGACCAUGUAGCACAAUCGGUAGUCCUUAAAUCAUGGCUAGUGUUCAUGCUAAAGGAAAAUUGACUGUGAUAAUUAUACAUAUGGAGUAGUAAUGGGGAUUAGCUGUAUAAUUUAGCUACCGCUGUAAUUGCUACCCAACACAGUCAGUGUGAAUGUAAUCAACUUGAGUUACAUCAUGUCCAUGUACCUUGUACACAUCGAAAAGUCACCAAACCGUAAUACUAGUACGCAAAUCCUUGGAGCAUAAAUGACCCUAGAAAAAUACAAAUACUUUUGUUAAUCACAAACGGUAAAAAUUGAUUACGAUGACCUGGAUUUUGUCUAAUACUUGAGCAGACUGCAUUUCAUGGUGAAUAUAAUUAACAUUCUG